ACAAAUUAUUAAAACGAGAACUUAAAGGUGGACAUGGCAGCAUAUGCAUCUGGUUAUUCUCUAGAACACACUCCAACAUGGGCAAUUGCUCUUGUUUCCUUCAUUCUUAUCUCCAUCUCAAUCAUCUUGGAGCAUCUCAUUCAUCUCAUAAUCAAAUGGUUGAGGAAACAUCGGAAGAUAGUUGAAGCAAUAGAGAGGCUUAAAUCAGAGUUGAUGAUCUUAGGAUUCAUGUCGCUUUUGUUGACAGUAACUCAAGAUGCCAUAAUUGAAAUCUGCAUACCAAUGAAGACUGCAGAUACUAUGCUUCCAUGUCGUAAACGUACUACAAAUGAUACCGCAACAAAUUUGGAUUCUUGCAGUGCCAAAAAUGCAAGUAAGGUUGCUUUAGUAUCAAAACAUGGAAUUCAUCAACUUCAUAUGUUCGUUUUUGUUCUAGCUGUCAUGCAAAUCGUGUACAGUUUUCUCACCGUUUCUCUGGCAAGGGCCAAGAUGAGGCACUGGAAAGCUUGGGAUGAAGAGACUCAAACAAUCGAAUAUGAAAUUGCCAACGACCCUAAUAGAUUCAGAUAUUCGAGGCAAACAACAUUCGGAAGACGACACAUAUCUACUCGUACGGCAUCACCAGUAUAUGUUUGGAUUAUCAAGGCUAUGGAGCAGAGUUUUUUACACAUGGCUAACGUUGUUCACCAAAUUGUGAAAUUUGAGCAGAAGUGUUUUUUCAGACAGUUCUUCCAUUCAGUAGAAAAAGUUGAUUAUCUCACCCUGAGGCAUGGUUUCAUAUCAGCACACUUUUCAGCUAGGAACAGCAACUUCGAUUUCCAAAAUUACAUUGAACAGUCACUUGAGGAAGAUUUCAGAAUCAUAGUGAGCAUUAGCCCUGUGAUGUGGUUCACCGUUGUUAUUUUUUUGCUCGUGGAUGUACAUGGCUGGCAUGUAUACCUCUGGUUAUCCUAUGUUCCCCUCAUGCUGGUUCUGGUUGUGGGAGCUAAACUUGAAGUCAUUGUCGACGAAAUGGCUCUUCAAAUGAAGGAUAUCAAUAAUGUAACCAAAGGGACCCCACUUGUUUGUCCAAGUGACAAACUCUUCUGGUUCGGCCAUCCAGGAUUUGUGUUAACACUCAUACAUUACACUUUAUUUGUGAAUGCAUUCGAGCUUGCCUUCUUUAUAUGGGUAUCAACACAGUUUGGAAUAAAUUCUUGCUACCACGAACACAGAUCAUUUACAAUCAUAAGAGUGGUGAUAGCGGUCGCAGUUCAAGUGCUAUGCAGCUACGUUACUCUCCCCCUCUAUGCAUUAGUGGCGCAGAUGGGUUCACAAGUGAAGAGCAAAGCGUUGGCUAAAAUUCUGAAGCAGUGGCAUGUUGAGGUGAGGGAGAGAAGGAGGAAGCAAGAAAAGCUUGUGAAGUCUUUUAGUUUUAGGCACAGAAAUAAGUCCUCAGAAUGGGGCCAAGGAAAUAAGAGUGCCCCUGAGUUUUCUUCCACUCUAGGUGAAAGCAAUCGUUCCUAUGACGAAGGAGAAAUUGUAGAAGAAUUGGAGCAUUCGGUGAAAACCAAGGCUAGCUCGUCAAGUGAUCCACCUAGUUUUGUCUAACUAGGAAUGCCGAAUGCCAAAUCUGAGGGGUAAAUGAGUUAGAACAUGAAAUAGUAUUGAUUCCAUUGGACGUCAGAUUCAUGUCGGGGACAUAAUUAAUAACUUCCAAAUUUAGUAGUGUAAAUUGCGUUAAUGUUUCAAUCUCUUGUAUCCAGGCAUUGAUUUGUAUUACUAAUAUAUAGUAAAAUCUAAUCUGGAUACAACUGUACAAGAAAACAAAGUAUAUUAUGAUAUUAUCCCACCUCAAAACCAUCAACACUAUCCUUAUUCCCCUAAACGUUUUUCUUUUAUUUAUUUAUCUUGUUGAAGGGGAUUUAAAAGCAUAUAAACAGAAAAAUCUUCCUGUAAAGUUAAUUUACUUGUCGUAUUUAGUGAGGAAAUGGAGUCAUCAUAUGCACGGAAGAAUAUACUUAUUAGCUUCCAAUGGUCAAUAAGCAGUCACCUGAGCACAUCCAGAAUCAGAAGACUGCAAGUGAUAAUAAAACAAUUUUCUUUUUUGUCAUUAUUACUUGACUGAGGCCUUAACCCAUAAGUGGUGUCUCUGGGGUAAAGCCAAUUAUGCAAAUAGUAGUCCCCUUUGUCCAUGUCGGUAUACCCCAUCCUGAAUCUGUAUUGAACUUAACCAGCUUGCAAAUCGGAUUUUGUUGGCAUGACAACUGUAAUGUUAAGAUGCCCGAAUCCAUAUUUGGAUGGAUUCAUCUAUGGUUGAUUCAUAUCUUCAUAUAUUUGCUCUUUUUACAAACUUUAAGAAACUUUUGGAUUUACUGACCAUAAACAAAUUAUUUUGGUCCUUACUCUUCCUAGUGAUGAAUCAUGAAUCCACUCAACUUGGUAGAUCUAACUUGUUCUAGCAUGUGACAUGACAUGCAUAGAGCAUCGUAUUCUGCUUUUGAAGCAUGGACAGAACAGUCAUUUUAUCAGCGUAUAAGAUGUGGAGUUUAGAAUCCAUGUCCCAUGUCCAUGGUGACCACAUCCUUAGUUGUCUAAGGUUGUCCCACACACUUCUCCACGUUAAUUUGCCUUCACUCGCUUCUCUACUUCUCUUUCUUUUCACCACCACCACACCUGCCGACAGGCCACUACUCCAUUGAGCCACCAAGUGUCAACAAGCCUUUUCAUACCCAAAAAUCAAAAUCUUUCUCUCACACACACACCAAUGGCAAACAAAUUUUUUUUAUGCAUUAUAGAAGAAAUGGAUAGGCUUUGGUUUCACCAAGUCUUUUUCUGCAAACCAACAGCCUCAGUUCUUUCCUUACCAUCUCCACCGGAUGAAGAAAAGCCUUUUCCCACAUCAGAAUCUGUUUCUUGCUCAUCAUCCAUUCUUUCUUCACCACCUCCGGCAGAUGAAGAAAAUUCAACGGAUGAAUCACCUUCAUCAGAGAAACAACUCUCAUCAGAAUCAAUCUUUGUCCCUCUUCAGGAUGAAGAAGAAGAAAUGAAGGAGAGAUUGGCUAGAAUGAAACUUUUGGGUAACAGAACUCGUUCACAUUUAUCCUCACCAUCAACUCAAAACCAUCACAGAAAAUUGAUUAAACCAGCUACUUGUGCAAGGAAACUAAAGAAGUCCAUGAGCUGCAGAACACUUGGGGAACUAGAACUUGAUGAAGUAAAGGGUUUCAUGGAUCUUGGUUUCACAUUCAAGAAAGAAUAUCUUAGUCCAAGAAUGAUGAGCGUUGUCCCUGGCUUGCAAAGACUUGGUGUAACAGAUGCCAAAGAAACGGUUGAAGGAAAUCACAUUGAAGAAGAUGAAGAAAAGAGAGAUAUCAUGAGACCAUAUUUAUCCGAGGCAUGGCUUAUAAAGAGACCCGAUUCACCGCUACUAAACUUAAAAAUCCCGAAACGUUGUUCAUCUUCCAACAUGAAGAAACAUCUUCGGUUCUGGGCCAAAACCGUGGCCUCAGAAAUCCACCAAGAAUGAGUCAUGUUAUGGUGAAUAAUGAAUACUCAAAUAUACUCAGAAACUUGAGCAAAAGGCUCUAGUUCAUAUGUCAAAGCUGAAUAAUUGUAUGUUAAUAAAAGCAUAAUGAGAGAGUGGAAAUGUGAUUUCUGAUUUCUCCCAUCUCCUUUUUGUCUCGUAGGCAAUAAAAGGGAAGGGUUGGGAAGAUUCUUAUUGGAACCAAAAGUGGAGGCUUAGUUAAUGAGUUUGGUGUCGUGAGGAAUACGAGUUAGGUAGAUAAGGCAAGAAGAAGAUAAACACAUAGAACUGAAAGAGGGACCUACGGUGAUGUGUUGCCUCACAAGUGGGGUUUCAAGUUUCAACAAUACAAAAUCAAUCAAAAGCACCAUCAGACUGUUCCAUUGU